UGAUUACAAUCGGACAUUGAACGAGAUGACGCCAUUGCUCGGUCGCUCCCCAAUUUCGAGUUUUCGAUCGAUAACAUCUCCCUGUUUGUCUGGAGAUACAAGAUUGAAUAAGUGAACUUCUGUUGUGAUUCUCAAGCAAGGAAAUGGAGGAGUUACACUCGUGCAGCUGCUGCCUGGUGCGCCCUCCGGAGAAGGGGCUAAAAACGCUGUAUAAACAUCUCGGCAAAACAGAGAUAUAUUACGACAUGCUGAAAGACUGCUUCGAUAUUAAUCUGGGCAUGGGGAAUGACGAAUGUGGGAUUUGCGAGGUGUGCGUGGCGCGGCUGCGGGACGCGAACGACUUCAAGCUACAAGUGCAGCGCAGUCAGGCCGAACUGCGCGCAAGGCUCAAGGGAGUGCUCACUGCCAGUAACAAGAUGAAAAUCAAGUUUGAGAGAGCUGCUGGAGAGGAAACCAUCAUUCCGGACAUCAAGCUGGAGAGGUCUGAAGUAGAGAUGGCUGACGGCGAGGUCGUAUCAGUGGCGAUAUACGGAGGACCAUCAGGGCCUUCAGCGCAACCAGUUCCUACACCUACAGCGUCCAACCACGUCACUUUUAUGCUAGAACCAACUCUCACCGACCUCGACGACUCCAAGCCGGCCUCUUCCACCAACCGCAGCAAGCUCUACGAAUGUGACAUUUGCCACAGAAGGUUCCAGAACCCAUGUGCGAAAAGAAAACUCAUGAUCCAUCGCCGCUCCCACACUGGAGAGAGACCGUACUCGUGCGACGUAUGCGACAAAAAAUUCGUACAAAAGAGCCACUUAAACACACAUUACGCACAACACAUGGGAAAGUUCAAAUUCUCCUGCGAAUUUUGUGAAAUGAGAUUCACCCAAAGAAGUCCUUGGGUUGUGCACAUGCGGAUUCACACCGGUGAGAGACCAUACUCUUGUGAAAUAUGUAGUAAAACAUUUAGACUCAAGUGCAAUUUGAAUGUUCAUCAAAAAAGUCAUUUUAGAUAUGAUCCCAAUAGCGUAGAGCCAGGCGAAAUAACAGAAUGCAAAAAAGAGGAGUCAGAAGAAUCGAAAAAUCAAGCACUUACAGAUAAGAUAGAUUUCACAUGUCAUAUAUGCAAGAAGCAAUUUUCAGAAGAAAAUUACUUAAACACUCAUUUGAAACAUCACUCUGGAGACUAUACAUUCACUUGUGAAGUUUGCGAUAAGAAAUUCAAGACGCAGUCUGCAUUGGAUAGUCAUAAGUUCGAUCAUAAGGGGGGAAAACCUUUUAAAUGUGAAGAAUGUGGUAAAGAGUUUGUAUCAAGAAGUGCUUUCGGCCUUCAUUUAAGAAUUCACACCGGGGAUUUUAGAUACCCGUGCGAUGUAUGUAAUAAACAAUUCAUACAAAAGGCUGGUUUGAUUCAGCACAUGCGUGUACACACUGGUGAAAAACCUUACACCUGCGAGAUAUGCCAAAAGAAGUUCCCAUAUAGAUGUAGCUUUAAGAAACAUUUAUUAGUUAAACACAACAAGGUCAUGGAUAAAAAGUUUUCUUGCGAUAUUUGUGGGAAACUAUUUUCGCUGCAGGGGACUUUAGCUAAACAUAUGGACAAACACACUGAAAAGGAAAUGAAAGGUAGUAAUGAUUGCAGUGACGCCAAAGAUUGCAAAAAAGAGUUUUCAGAAAAAUCGAAAAGGCAAACGUACGAUUGCGAUAUAUGUAAUAAACAAUUCAAAAGCAAAGAUUAUUUGAUUGAACAUAUGCGAACACACACUGGUGAAAAGCCUUAUACCUGUGAAUUAUGCCAAAGGAAGUUCCGAUUUAAAGGUAGCUUUAAAAAACACUUGUUUGAAAAACACAACAUUGCUGACAAACCUUUUUGCUGCGAUAUUUGUGGCAAACUAUUCGCACUCCGAGGGCCUUUAACUAAGCAUAUUAAGAAACAUGUUCAGAAAGAGAAGCAGGAUAAAACGCAAAAGGAGGAACCAAAGGAUUUUAUGUGUGAAAUAUGUAGCAAACGAUUUUCGACUAAAGGUAUCUUAAAGAAUCAUAGGAUAACACAUUCUGAAGAAAGACCUUUCGAGUGCGAAAUUUGUCACAAGACAUUCCGAAAGAAGAGACAUUUACAGGACCACAAGAUGGUACACGAUGAUUUCAAACAACACUCGUGUGAAGUAUGCGGACAACAAUUCAGGCAUAAAUCUGCCUUGACAGUUCAUAUACAAAGACUUCACACAGAAAGUAAGCCACACGCAUGCGACAUUUGCAAAAGGCCGUUUUCGGUGCUUGCCGAAUUAAAAACGCAUUAUCGGGUGCACACUGGUGAGAGGCCAUAUGCUUGUGAAAUAUGCUACAAGAAAUUUCCACGACACGACGCGGUUAAACGACAUCUUGUACGAGUUCACCAUGAGAAGCCUAACAAAUUCAUUAAAUUAAAAGAAUUUAAUAAUCCUUACUGAAGUUAUAGAAUAAUCUUGUGCUCGUACUUGUGAAGAACUCUUUACUGUUAAAGUUA